AUGAUGGGAAACUCCACUCAGAUUUCUUUCUUCACAUUCACUGCUUACUUCCACAGUGGACAGCUGAAAUCUGUGUAUUUUAUCACUGUUCUGCUCCUCUAUCUGUUCAUAGUUCUUUCUAAUGUUCUGCUUGUUGUGGUCAUCGUUUUAAACAGAAGCUUACAUGAACCCAUGUACAUGUUUCUGUGCAGCCUGUUUGUUAAUGAGCUGUAUGGUAGUACAGGGCUGUUUUUCCUUCUGAUGGUUCAGAUUCUCUCAGACAUUCACACCAUUUCUCCUUCCUUCUGCUUCCUGCAGAUUUUCUGUUAUUACUCAUACGGAGGUGUGGAGUUCUGGAUGUUAUCCGUCAUGUCUUAUGACCGAUACCUCUCUAUCUGCUUUCCUCUGCAGUAUAACGCAUGAAUGACCACUAACAAAGUCUUCUCUCUCAUUGCAGCAAGCUGGCUGAUUCCUUUCCUGGUCGUUACUGUUAAGACGUCACUAUUUGCCCCAUUGAAGUUCUGUGGGAACAAUAUUGACAAAGUGUACUGUGACUACUUCUCAGUUGUGAAACUGUCAUGUGAUGACAUCGCAGUGAAUAACAUCUACGAGCUCAUCUCUGCCUCCAUCUUAACCUCAUGUAAUGUAACUCUCAUUCUGUAUACCUACAUGAGGAUCCUCAGAGUCUGUUUCUCUGGAUCCAAACAGACCAGACAGAAAGCUGUCAGCACCUGUGCUCCUCACCUGGCUUCUCUCUUCAACUUUUUGUUUGGGUUUGUAUUUGGAACAGUCCAGAACAGGUAUGAUAUGACAGGUGUAUCCAAAGUACUGCAAGUCUUUUUAUCUCUUUACUUCAUCACAUGUCAGCCUCUGUUGGUCCCUGUACUGUAUGGACUAAAACUGUCUAAGAUCCAUGCCAAAUGUAAGACUCUUAUUUUUGGUUGA